UGAGUGAUACCAACAUACAUGCUGGAGUUUUCACUGAUUCAUGUACAACAUCUCUCGAAUCUGUUUGGUCACAAAGUGACUGGCGCUCCGUGUGAAACGUCAAACUACGUUUCAUAUCAGUACGCAUUGAAGGCUACUGCGCUGUUAUUGUGAGAACGGUCUAUUACAGCUGAGUACUAAGCCAUGUCAAUGUAUUAUCAGUUCUGAAAUGCAAGACUGAUGUACAUGAGAAGAGAACAUGCUUUAGACCUGAAUGUAUCCCUCAAUCCAUGAAUAAGAAUCACAGAUCAUUGCCUGUGUUCUGGUGUAGGCCAUCUCCUCCUCUUCUUUGUGUGUUGCAGAUAAAGAUGUCCCAGGUGAAACAGGUGGGCCUGCUGGCUGCCGGGUGCCAGCCCUGGAACAAAGACGUAUGUGCUGCCAGUGAAGACCGGUUCGCUUACUGUGCAACACUUGCUAUAUAUGUCUACCAGUUGGACCACAGAUACAACGAGUUCAAGCUUCGAGCCAUCAUGUCAGAGCACAAGAAGACCAUCACGGCCAUAUCGUGGUGCCCACACAACCCCGAGGUGUUUGCCAGCGCCAGCGCUGACAACCUGCUCAUCAUCUGGAACGUGGCAGAGCAGAAGAUCGUGGCCAGGCUGGAUAACACCAAAGGCAUCCCAGCGUCUCUGAGCUGGUGCUGGAACGCAGGUGACGGCGUGGCGUUUGUGUCCCAUCGGGGCCCUCUCUAUCUGUGGGCCAUCAGCGGGCUGGACGCCGGCGUCACCAUCCACAAGGAGGCACACAGCUUCCUGUCCGACAUCUGUCUGUUCCGCUGGCACCCCGUCAAGAAGGGCAAGGUGGUGUUUGGACACACGGACGGGAGCCUCUCCAUCUUCCAGCCAGGAUCUAAAAACCAGAAGCACGUGUUGCGCCCGGAGUCUUUAGAGGGGACGGACGAGGAGGACCCGGUCACAGCGUUGGAGUGGGAUCCCCUGUCUACAGACUACCUCCUAGUGGCCAACCUGCAUAAUGGCAUCCGAAUGGUCGACUCAGAGGGGCUCACCUGUGUCACUACCUUCAGCUUCCCCAGUUCAGCUGCCUCUGUACAGUGUCUGGCCUGGGUCCCCAGUGCACCCGGCAUGUUCAUCACUGGAGAUUCUCAAGUCGGUGUGUUGAGGAUAUGGAACGUGUCCAGAUCUACACCGCUGGACAACUUUAAACUGAAGAAGACCGGCUUCCAUGCUUUACAUGUGUUAAACUCUCCCCCAGCCAAGAAAUCCUUGAGCUCCAUCUCCCUGACAAAGAACCACUACACAUCAUCCACCAGUGAGGCUGUUCCUCCUCCUACUCUAUCCCAGAACCAGGCCUUCUCCCUCCCCCCGGGCCACGCUGUCUGCUGCUUCGUGGAUGGAGGGGUGGGGCUCUACGACAUGGGAGCCAAGAAGUGGGUCUUCCUACGAGACCUGGGUCACGUUGAGACCAUAUUUGACUGUAAAUUCAAGCCAGACGACCCCAACCUGUUGGCGACAGCCUCGUUUGACGGGACCAUUAAGGUGUGGGACAUCAACACCCUCACGGCGGUUAAUACGUCUCCCGGCAACGAGGGUGUGGUCUACUCCCUGUCCUGGGCUCCUGGAGACCUGAACUGCAUAGCCGGAGCCACGUCCCGGAACGGUGCAUUCAUCUGGGAUGUGAAGAAAGGCAAGAUGAUCACACGAUUCAAUGAGCAUGGGAAUCAUGGUAUCUUCUGUAUCGCAUGGAGCCAUAAGGACUCUAAAAGAAUAGCCACAUGUAGUGGCGACGGCUUUUGCAUCAUUAGGACCAUCGACGGCAGGGUCUUACACAAGUACAAGCACCCUGCUGCUGUGUUUGGUUGUGACUGGAGCCAGAAUAACAAAGACAUGAUAGCCACGGGCUGUGAGGAUAAAAACGUGCGUGUGUACUACCUGGCCACCAGUUCUGACCAGCCACUCAAGGUGUUCACGGGUCACCUGGCCAAGGUGUUCCACGUGCGCUGGUCUCCUCUCCGAGAGGGUAUUCUCUGCAGUGGCUCAGAUGACGGGACUGUGCGUAUCUGGGAUUAUACCCAGGACGCCUGUAUCAACGUGCUGAGUGGUCACAAGGCUCCGGUCCGUGGCCUGAUGUGGAACACGGAGGUGCCCUACCUGCUGACCAGCGGCAGCUGGGACUACACCAUUAAAGUCUGGGACACCAGGGACGGAACCUGCCUGGACACCUGCUACGACCACGGCGCUGAUGUUUAUGGCCUGACUUGCCACCCCAGCCGUCCGUUCACCAUGGCCUCAUGUUCCCGGGACUCUACGGUCAGGUUGUGGUCCCUCACUCCGCUCAUCGCUCCGCUCCUGGUCAACGUCCUGGCUGACCACAGCUGGGACGACAUCAUCGGCAACACGGAUAGGGCCAUGGUACCUGGUGCUACCCCUCUGCUCUGUGGGAAGGUGUCCAGAGACAUCAAGCAGGAGCUGGAUAAACUCUCCAGUGAAGUACGGGUGAAGAAACUCAGGUGGUUCUCUGAAUGUUUCUCUCCACCAGGGGGCAGUCAUAACCUGUGGGACCUGGUGUCAGUGAUCAACGGGCAGGACGACAGUCUGCUUCCCCAGAGCUACAGCAAGGGCGUCAUGCACAUGAAACACUUGGUCCGCUUCAAAACCUCUGAGGCCCAGGAAUUGACCAUAGUGAAGAUGUCUAAGUUCGGCGGGGGGAUCGGGGCUCCCAGUAAAGAGGAGAGACUGAGAGACGCAGCAGAGAUCCAUCUAAGACUGGGGCAGAUCCAGAGAUACUGUGAACUCAUGGUGGAACUGGGAGAGUGGGACAAGGCAUUGUCAGUUGCCCCUGGUGUAUCCAUAAAGUAUUGGAAGAAACUCAUGCAACGAAGAGCCGACCAGCUGAUGCAGGAAGAAAACCACGAUGUCAUCCCGUACUGCAUCGCCACGGGAGACGUGAGGAAGCUGGUCAACUUCUUUACUGCCAGGGGUCAACUGAACGAGGCGCUGCUAGUGGCUCAGGGAGCUUGUGAAGGCAACAUCCACGUGCCUCAGACCGCCGUAAUCAACCAUACAACCACUACAGACAGCGACGACAUACAGGCAUAUGACGGGCUACUGCACUGUGCAUGUAAGGAGCUAGCGGAGUGGUAUUUCCAAGAUGGCCGUGCUGUGCUGGCGGCCUGCUGUCACCUGGCUGUGGACAACACCGAGCUAGCCAUGGCCAGUCUGAUCCGGGGUAAUGAGCUGGAGCUGGCUGUGUGUGUAGGGCUGGUGUUGGGAGAAUCUGCCAAUCAGGCCACUCACUACGUCCUGGAGCUACUAGCCAGGAAGUUCAUGACCGCACCCACCUGCUUUCCAUCAGUUGGAAGCAGGGACCUGGCAGCUGACCUUCUCCAGAUGAUCCCAGACAACGAGGUCCUGCUGGCCAAGCUGUGUGCCUUCUACCCUGGGAGCUCCUCGGAGAUAGACCAAAUCCAUGAAAAAUGUGGUCUUCCCAGUCUGGAGGAGUGUCAGGGGUUAGCUGAGUCUGCUGUCAGCGAGGGAGACAUCUUCAACGCUGUCAAGUACUAUCUAAUGAGUCCAGAACCCGAGGCAGCCCUGCUUGUUGGCAUCGCCCACGUCAAAGAACAGCUGAGUGAUUCUGACUGGACCGUAGACUCUGUCCAUCCUAUCCUGGACCUUCUGGGUUACAUUAGAACGGACCGGCUCAUACUUGCCAAGUUCACUGAAGCUCGAAGUGAGCUGCUUAUCCUAUCUGGAUACAUCGGUGCACUGUUGGCCAUCAGAAGACAGUACUCCAGCAUUGUUCCUGCACUUUACGAGUACACCAGUCAGUUGAUGAAGAGGAGAGAGGUGUCUGUUCCCUUACAGAUAGAGAAACUCUCUGUAGAGCUGGAGGCAUGGAUGGCCUGCACGCAGUCUCUCAUCAACUCCAGGGGUCCUGAUGAGGCUCCCUACACCCCUCCGUCAGAGGCCCAGAAGGCAGAGCACGCCCGUCUGCUAGACAGGCUCCAGGAGGAGCCACUCAGGGGCCUGGAGGGGCCCGACUAUGUCACAGGCUCCAACCUGCCCAGCCACUCUGACGUCCAGGUCUCCUGCUUUACCGGACUCAGGAUCCAGGGCCCUGUGUUUUUCCUUGAGGACGGUAAAUCGGCCAUAUCAUUGAACGACGCCCUUAUGUGGGCCAAAGUGAACCCUUUCUCACCUCUGGGGACGGGUGUCCGUCUCAACCCCUUCUAAGAGCCAGCCUCGCCAACGAGGAUGGGCUACAGGACUAAUAGCAUUUGAUUGGUCAGCCUCCGAGGCCAAGGUCACACGACGGUAAAAGGGCGACGUCAGGACCGACACCUGCUCUUCCUGAGAGAAAGAAGGAAGAAGGGAUGGAUGUUCCAGAAGGAAAGAAGAGAGAUGGGAGGAAGGAUGCUUAAAAUGACUUCUCUCCACUAUGUGCUUUUUCUAUGUGGUUUUACAAUGUGUGCAGCACAAGUCAUCCAGUCAACAGUGUUACAGCUUCUCACAGAAAACGUGUUGCCGUACUUAGACACUGAGAAAGAGGGUUCGCAUGGUUGAAACGGGUUAUAGUGUUUCUAUGUAGGAGCGAGACCAUUCUAGUACGGCUGUCUGGUUUUAGAAACACCGUCACAUGCACAUGCACAUCACUACACAGACAAGUCGACGAGCUAUGUGAUUCUUAUUGUGCUCAUGGUCAUAGCACCAGCCUCAUUUGAUUGGUGAACACCAUAUUUGUGUUGUAUUGCUGUUGGUUUAACGUUGCACAAUGUUGCAUCAUCCUUUCUGUCUGCUACAGAAACCAGCCCGCACACAUACAUGCACAAGAGCAAAGCGGUUGGUGAUGUCGGCUUACAGUGGUAGUUGAAUGAAAGCAAACAAAUACAUAGAAACGUACCCGGUAGCCUUUUAUUUAGCUUAGCAUCAAUCAGUCAAAUAAUUGAUGUAGGACGUGAUUGCGUUCGCAUUAAAACAGCUUAGCAGCAUGGUGUCUGUGCAGUACUGUGUUUGACUGUGAAGGUAUAAGACUGCUGGACCAACAAACAAACAAAAAAGGAUGUGGACAUGUAAAGUUGUCAAUUAACUUGUGAAUAGGUUCUUGUAUUGUACAUAAGACUGUCAUUCCUGUUGAGUUGCGCAGCACUGCUUCAGGGAUCACAGUGGCUAGCUAGAAGGGGAGGUAGUUGGUACUGUACACGGCUAGGGACUUGCAAGUGUAAUAGCUGUUACGACACUUGAUUCAUAGGAUUAAAACUCCUAUUCUAUGGUGGGGUCGACGCUUUGGAAUGCCUCUGAGUCUCGUCAGCGUUGCCUCCUUCAUAAUCAUUCGUAGCCAUCACCUGACUGCAGAAUUUGUAGUGAUUUCAUAAUGAUGACAAGCUUCUGUAUGCAAGUCAUUAUUACCAUCACAAUUUGGCGGACAGGGUGACAACCUGCUAAGACUAGCUAGCUUAUAUGUUAAACAGAAAGCUGUGGUAAAAAGGCAAUAUUUGAGAAUCAUUUUGCUUUUGAAACACAGACCUGAAUAGAUAGGCUAAUUAAUCAUUUAAAAAAAUGUAAUACCUGAAGGUUGUGCCUUAAAGUAGAAAACUAUUUAUCACUGCAACAUACAGUAUAUUGGUAAGUAGAUGCAUUCAUGUAAAGACAAGAGGUUUUCUUCCUUCUGCUUUAAUGAAACAAUUAUUUAUUCAUAUAAUUUAUACAAGUGUUGUCAUUUUUUAAAAUAAUGUAUUGAUAUUAGUUUUCCACCUAUACUUAAAUUACCUUUAAAUGCAUUUAUUUACAUAUGUAUUUAUUGAUUGUGUUUUACUUAUUGACAUAUGUACAGUUUGUUUGUACUGCCAUUGCAGUUUAUAAAAUGUGUUCAUGAAAAUAUCAAAAUGUUAGUUUUUGUACCAUAAAGACGAUACCAAUGUAAAC